AUGAGCUCCGCGUGGAAAGCUGCUGGCAUCACCUACAACCGCUACCUGGCCGUCGCGUCGCGUGUGGUGCGCCGCUCAUUGAAGGAAGAGCAGAGAGUCAAGGCCGAGAGGAGAGGAGAGAUGGAGUUGCGAUUUGCCAAGUGGGAGAACGGCAAGCAGAAGGAAAUGCAGAAUGUUGGAACUAGCGCCGAGACUCCCCAGUAG